GAGCAGUGAAAACGGAUCACAAAAUACGGUGGUGCUUGAUUGGAAAGUAAUUUUAAUAGCCCGAUGCUGUGUGCAAUACGAUAAAAGGUCAACGCUUUCCUAUUCAAACGGUGGAUCAGUGAAUCUUGCUGAUAUCUAAACUGGUGCAAAAUAAGGGUCAAUAAUUGGAUUGUGGUACGGAUUUUUUCGGCCAAAUGAAGAUGACCGCUCCGCGACUAGUCGCUCGGGCUAGUCGCAGUAGAUGCUUCAUCGGACUCGGAAUAUUGAUAUUGAUGGCUGGAUUCGUGGCCAUUUUUCACAGCUCUCAACAGCAGCUGGACGAAUUACGUCAGCUGGGUCUACGAUGUGAACAACAGCAAGAAGCGAUCUCAGCAAAAAUGCAAGUUGUUGUGGAUCAAAAGCUUCGGUUGGAAAACUCGCUGGCUUCUGAGCGUAUGAUUAAUGAGCAAAGUCGACUGGAGCAUCAGCAGAAGACUCAGGACGAGAAGGAACAACGCAAUAAGGCAACGAUGGAGGCCAACAUGCGGUACGCAGCCCUUCAGCAGCAGUACAAUUUGAUGAAGAGUCAGCUGAAAGAUUUUACGGAAGAAUGUUCCAUAUCGAAAAGGAAACAACUAGAGGAGAUCAACUCACUGCAACUUAAGGUCAGCGAACUGCAAGGAAAGGUAUCUCUCCAUCAGAAGGAAUCAGCAACGGAUGUUGAACAUCUCAAGUCUCAACUUAGUCAACUAAAAAUAGAGAAAGCAAAUUUGGAAAGUUCAUACAGGCAAAAGCUGACAUACAAAGAAAAAACCAUAGAUAAAUUGAAGGAACAUAAUGAAAAGAUGGAAAAGGAAAAUUCGCAAUAUAUUGAACUUUGUAAGAUCCCGCUGGAGAAGAUGCCACAUCAUGUAAAAGCAAGUGAUGUAUUCGCGCAACUUCCUCCGAGCAUCCCAAAUUCGGGUCCGCUGAGAAAUUUCGCCGAGCAGAUUUCCGUGAGUCAAGAUUUAUACAAAAUUCCAGUAGUAUUGAGCAAUCGUACUAACAACCUCGGGUCUUUGCGUGGAGGUGCUGCUUUGUUUGCCGCUAACGAUCAAGAGCUAGAAGGUCGUGGUGUUAUUGCUAAACCUUUUGAAACUAAUGACCGAAUCAAACCAAAAGCGGCUGCAGUAGCCGUUGACGGUGGAGUAAUUAAUUCUGUGGAAAAUUUUCAGAUGAUUCCCAAGCCAUUGCCACUCGAUUCGACCGAUGAAAACGGCAAGAAGCCUGGCGCUCAGGCCAGUAACGUCCUCCAGCAGCCUCAGUUGAUGAAAACAUCAACAUCAAUUCCAGCUGCUCUGAACAAGAAAACAUCGGAGAGAAACAGCAAUCUGCAGGUUCCGAUACUAGCUGUUCCAACUGUGAUAUCCGCAGAUAGUGCUAAAUCCUCCUCGUCCUCUACUACCAGCACCACGACGCCUAAUAACGGUUUAGUGAAAAAGCCAGCUGGCAAACUCCGGUCAAAAACCCUUCCCGUUGGGAUUGUUCCCUUCCCUGAGAAUAUGGAAGAUUUGAUGAAGGUCGAGGAAAACAAUAGCGAAAAUGCUAUAAACAAUCGUUAUCUAAAUGUGGCGUCACAUCAAAACGCCAACACUAAUGGUGACAAACGACCACGCAAUGACAAGGAUCUUAACUUUAUGAACGGCAACGUUGAGCUGGAAAACGGAGCGCAUGAAGUAAACGAUAACGAUUUCAAUCUGGGCGGUGGUGGUGGUGGUGCAAAUAACAAUCAACUUCAGCAACCGAAUGUAAAGGAUACCAACCAAAAUGGCGAAAACUUGAAUGCUGCCGAAGAAGAUACCAAUUUGUAUGAGCAGAGACUGAUGUUUGCGAAUGCCCACCAGCAACAGCAGCAGCUGCUGCAGCAUGGCGAUUAUAAUGAGCCACAUCAUCAUCUGAGCGAGAGUCGAAAUGGAGCUGGUGCGAAGAAUGGCAUCGGCGAGAAAUUGAUCAACGAAAUAGUCCGUGACCAUGGCAAAGAAGGCGAUAACUAUCCCAACGAGAUGGAGGAGGACUUGCAUCUCGACGGACAGCAGGAAGCGGAAGACGAAGGAGACGAUGGCGAGUAUGACGAUCCAGCAGCGUUGAAGCAAGGACAUGCAGAGCGUAACUGAACAGCGUUUGUUGAACAACUUUAGUGUUGUAUUUCUAUAGAUAAAUUUUAGCGAGAAAGUGAAUCUAUUUUUUGUCACAAUAAUGUGUUUACUACAAGUAGCUAUCGGAAUAAGCAUCGUAUCGUUGAAAGGGCCAUCAUGGAGGCGGACUGUCUCAUCGGUCUCAUUGGAAGAGCUUGUAUCAUUUCCCGAUUGAUCCGCAUACAUGUGUUUGAAUGACUGAUAACCGCAGUCGGAGCGUUUGAAGUUGAAGCAUGUCCCGCAAGCAACUCAAUGUACAUGUAGACUCAGAGAGAAAUGACAUAACCUAACUAUUAUAAGGCAAUCACUGCACUGUUUUCCGUACAUUCAUAGAAUUUAGGUGUAUAAACUGUCAAAUCGAUGAGGUUUUCGUGGUAACUAUUAAAACGUAACUUCCUCCGUUAGUCCGUACUUGUUAUAUCAUAGCAAAUGUUCAACAACAACAAUACAUUUUAUUUGUAUGGUCACUUAACCCUUUGAACCCUAACUGUUUGUGCUGUUGCUGUGGCGAGUAGCUUCCUGUAAUGUAAUGAUGUUAUACAGCGGGUUCAAAGGGUUAAGAACAAGGUUGAUAGAAUCCAGAAAUGACCGUGGUCAUGGCAGAUUUGCUCUGUAAUGAUAGUUGUCAUUUGUGGCUUCUAUCAAUCUUGCCAUUAAUUUACAUUUAGAUCGUAAACUAUCAUCUUCCAAAAUACGCAACCUUUUCGUUUCUCUGUGUCAUCCAAACAUUUUUGUCUUAUAAAAACUUUCACGUGGAAAGAUAUUCGUCCUUAUAGAUCUCUAUUUAUUGAAAGUAAUAUGCUCAAAGGUGAUUUUAAGAUUAUUUAGGUUCGAUUUCCUUACACUAUUACUACUUAAGUUAAGAUUUUGAGUGAGCAAUCGAAUCAUAGCUACAAGUUGACUUUACCUUCAAGCUCCCUGUUUGCCAUAUAUUUAAACUAAACAUAAUUUUAAAGGUUCUUUGUUUACCUGCUGGGUAUAUUCCCCUCGAAGAAACAAUUGGUUUAAGGCUGUAUCUAUUCUGGCAGAAAAAGUUCAAUACAUUCGAUUUUAGUCUGUCGAUAUCAAUGUGGCAAAGAGCACAACAAACAUAAGUCCCUUUUCAUCAGCAAUAGAGUAUGUGACCAAGCAGAAGAGAAUAAUAUUUAAAUCACAUUAUUCAACAUGAAAUCUCAUCUAAUGAACAUAACUAAAAUCCACCAGAAAGUAGGCAGUUCGAUUCGUGUCGGAUUAUUUUUGAUAUUGCAUUUAAAUCAAUCCGAUUGCAGCAUCAGUACACCAACUAAUAGAAAGAACGUUAUUGGAAUGCUAACGCAAAUUGGAGACAAAACUGAACCGUUCUAGUUUCCAUUAUAUACAUACCCGGAUAUGAACUAUAUAGAAACAUCAACGAAAACUCAAAAUCAAUGUUAGGUUUUUCUACAUUCACAAUAAAUACGUUUAUUUUUAUUAUCCUA